AAACCCUAGAGCAUUUUCGCGAUGGCGAGGUCGAGGAGCGCCAAUGCGGCGGUGGGGCUAGGGUUCGCCGCCUUCGCGCUGGCGAUGGGAGCUCUUCCAUUCUUCAUCAGCAAAUGGAAGACUGCGCCAAUCAUUGAUGCAAACAAGCCGCUCUCUAGAAGUGCUAUAAUGAGAGGACCUUAUGUGAACAGUGGCUCUCGCGACGUUGGACCCGACCCCAAGAGUGGAACUUACGACUAAAGAGAAGGAAAAGAGGAAGACCAAGGAAGAAGAAUAAGAAGAAGUGGAGGAAGAACAAGGUGGUGUAGAGAGGAACUAGGCAGAGAUGCACAACAGGGUAGCGUCGUUUUGCGUCAUGGGCGAUCUCGUCAGGCGUGCUCAGUGCCAGAGUUUUCCUGGGCAGUGUCAGGGGAUGAAACUUCGACGUCCCAGGCUGGGAGAAUUCCGGGUGGCGAGACGAGCGUUCUGCUCCAACGCACUGACAGUGGUGAAUGCGCUCACGGUGGUCGACGCUCUCACGGUGGUGGAGCCUCCGGCUUCUCAUACACUUCGUCCGGGGCUUGGGAACACGUUUCUAUCUCGCAGCCAGAGACGCAUAGGACUGAAGAAGGAUCCGGCCAGUGACAAGUACGCGAUUGUGAGGCAGGCUCGUCAGGAGGCAAUAGCUGCUUACAUUCCGGCGUAUCCAGUCCCGCCUAGAGCUCGUGCCGACGCGGAAGAUGGUGAUGCAGCGUUGAUUUGUCCGGGAUGUGGUGUCUACAUGCAAGACACGGAUCCCUUGCAGCCGGGAUACUUUAGAGUUCCUAUCAAGCUCGACGUCCAGAUUGACCGAGAUGUUAUUACGCCGGAAGAGAUGGCGAGGCUAGAAGCGACUUGCGGAGAGCCAGUGCCAGGGCCGCCGGAAAAGAAGAAAGAAGCUGACUCUAGCUACUCUUACUUCGAGUUCGUCAAAGGAGAGAUGACAGAGAAGGAGUACCGGGAGUUCACUCCCCCGAGUGACUACCACAAGAAUGACGUGAAGAGUCUGGAGGAGACAUGGGAGGAUAUCAUCGACGGGGCUGAGGAGGCGGAUGAAAGGAAGAAACGGAGAGAUAUGUUGAAGUCGUUCAAGCGCGAGAAGCCGUCUGAGGAACGGCUUGUGGUGUGCGCGCGGUGCCACUCGCUAAAGUACUAUGGGCGCGUGAAAGAGAAAACAGCCGAGACGCUACUUCCGACGUUCGACUUUGACAAGAUGGUCGGCCAGCGCUUGAAAACAGCUUAUGGUAAACGAGCCGUCGUUCUCAUGGUCGUCGAUUCAUCAGACUUCGACGGCUCUUUUCCUCGACAAGUCGCCAAGUUGAUCUCUGAGGUUGAGGCACAGAUGGCUGCUACUUACAGAACUGGAUUUACCGGUAACUCGCCUCGACUGAUAGUCGCUGCAACGAAAGUCGACUUGCUGCCCCCGCAGCUCUCACCGAUGCGGCUGGAACAGUGGAUAAGGAAGAGGGUGAUCAUUGGCGGAGCUCCUCGGCCGACUGCAGUCCAUCUUGUGAGCGCGACAAAGAACUGGGGUGUACAGGCACUGACCGAGAGGAUCACAAAAGUUGCUGGGCCUCGAGGCGACGUAUGGGUUGUCGGAGCUCAGAACGCUGGGAAAUCUUCGCUCAUCAAUGCUCUGGCACGUUUCAACGUUGGGAAGCACGAGAGCCGCCUCACUGAGGCGGCACAUCCAGGGACUACGAUCGGAAUCCUCAAGAUAACAGGGAUCCUCCCGCAGAACAUCAAGCUCUACGACACGCCCGGCAUUUUCCACUCGCACCAGCUCACGAUGCGGCUCAACGAGGAGGACUUCAAGAGCGUCCAGAUGCGAAAGGAGCUCAAGCCCAGAACCUUCCGCAUAAAGGUUGGCCACAGCAUCCAAGUGGGAGGAUACUUGAGACUGGAUCUCUUAGAAGCUCCCGCCCGCACGAUAUACAUGACAGUGUGGGCGUCACCUUUCAUCUCGUUGCACAUGGGAAAGACCGAGCGUGCGCUCGAUGUUUUCAAGAAGCAUAUCGGCGUGGAGCUCAAGCCUCCUUCGAGCCUGAAAAGCUGGAUCGAGCAGGGACAAUUCGUAUCUCAAAAGUUUCGAGUCCAUGGCGACGACUGGGAAGCGAGCACGGUAGAUAUCGCGGUCGCGGGACUGGGCUGGGUGGGCCUGGGACUUAAAGGCGAGGCAGUCAUCGAGGUGUGGACAUACGAGGGGGUGGCGGUCUCCACGCGAGAGGCUCUGGUGUACGACUACGCACGGAUUUUCGAGACUCCUGGUUUCACGAUCGUCCACCAGACCGAGGAGAAGCCAAAGAAGAGGCCGUCGAAUGCAGAGACGGGCUUCAACCGGCGAGAGGACAGAUGGGCCAGGGAAAAGAUGAAAGCUGGGCCUAAACCGAAGGCUCUGGAGACACCAAAGGCGGAGCUGGAGGGCGAGCCGAUGGAGCUCUGGUGAUAACGAAAGGAGGGAGCAACGUCGAAAAAACAAAACAAAAGGAGGGAGAUGCAAAGAUCCGUGGGUUCCAGGCAUCCUUAAAAAUCACACACAACACAGGUGGCUUGUUUCAAUGAUCUCCACUCGCUACUCCCUGGUGGGAUCGUGACAAAGUCAUAUCUCUCGAGAAGCCGCCAAGACGAGAAAGUAGAAAGAGCAAUGACGCGAUCAAAAGGACCGGGGCUUGUCAAAGAGGACCGGGCUUGUCAAGAUCAUGCCCUGUUCUUCGAGGUAUAGCUUUUCUCUCUCGAGAAUUCACGGGUUUUUCUUCCAGAGCUAUCUUACUGUUUGGAGAGCUCUUUGGGGAGAUGCUUCUAGUGGCUACGAAAGCUAUCAUCCAUUGCUAAGUAUGCCAGCACUUAAAGCAAUGCACAGGUUCUCUUCUAUCUCUAUCUCUCUCUUAUAUUUUUUGUGGACUUUUAUUUGAGUGAGAGGUGCUUGUGUGACAUGUCUUCCACUGGAAAGCCAAAGCCAAGUUUCCUAGUUGACAAAGGGAAGAAAAGUAACAUCUAACUCUAGUUUCUAGGAGAGUUUAUAAAAUCUUGGUGAGGCAUGGCUCCA